CUGGCACCUGCUGAGCAUCAUGCCUCUGCCCCGGCGCCGUUCAUCCUUCCUGGGACAGCCGUCCACUGAGCGCCCGCCCGUCGCCUCCUCCUGUGGGCGGAUGGGCUCGUCCUACCCCGCCGCAGCCCGUGGCGUCUAUGUGGGCUCCUCAGCUUCGGUGGGGGGGGCCUCCAGCCUGGGAACGAGGGUGUCCCGGCGGGCUCUUGGCAUCAGCAGCGUCUUCCUGCAAGGCAUGAGGAGCAGCGUGGCCCCCGUCCUGCCUCGGGCUGGAGACCGGGCAGCGGGACAUGGACUGGCGGCAGCUGGACUGAACAGCUGCCUGAUGGAGUACAGAGACAAAGUGAGGGCCUUGGAACAGCUGAAUCAGCAGCUGGAGCAGCAGAUCCGACUCUGUUUGGACCGGAAGACGUCCAGUGCUGGAGCCUGGGGUCCACUCAGGAGAGAGUGGGAGGAGGUCUACAGGCAGGUCAGCGAAGCAAUCCUGGGCAAUGCUCGUCUGAUGCUGCAGACAGAGAACGUUCAAGCCAAUGCUGAGGACUUCAAGGACAGGUACGAGAACGAGCAGCCGUUCAGAAAGGCGGUGGAAGAAGAGAUCAGCUCUCUUUACAAAGUCAUCGAUGAGGCCAACCUGACGAAGGCUGAGCUGGAAGAACUGAUGGACAACAUGAGAUCUGAGCUACGCAGCCUGGAGCAAAACCACGAGCAGGAUGUCCGAGUCCUCUACAACCAGAUGCCAGGACGUGAGGUGGAUGAGCCAGACGCCCCUAUAGAAACCAGCCUCAACCAAAUCCUGGCCUACAUCAGGAGCCACUGGGAGAAGGUGACGGAGCGGAACCGAGCUGAAACCGACAGCUACCUAGAGUGUAAGGAGGCGCAGUGUGUGAGCAGCAGGCUGAGUCCUGAGGAGCAGCAGGUGGAAGCACUGAAGGCAGAGUGCAAUGAGGCCGGCAGUAAGAUCCAGAGUCUGCAGGCUGACACCGAGUCCAUCAGAGCACUGAAACGAGGUCUGGAGAACUCACUGAGCGACGUUAGGCACUGGCAUGACAUGGAGCUGCAGAACCUGGGCUCGGUGGUGGCCAAGCUGGAGGCUGAGCUGGCUGAUGUACGAGGAGAGAUCGAGCAGCAGCGCCGCGACUAUGACACGUUGCUGAGCAACAAGCAGCGUCUAGAGCAGGAGAUCGAGAUGUACCACGGAGUCUUGGACGGAGAGGAGAGUCGCUUCCAGGCCACGGAGGCUCCGUGUCCUGGUGUGCAGUCGGAACUAGAGGGAGCUGUCACUCCUCCUACGGGCGGUGCCCCGGUGCAAUGAUGGUCUCUGGCUCUUUGCUUUUCUAGGUGGGUUCUGUGGGGUUGAAGUGGACUCUGCUGGUAACGUGUGUAGGUGUGAAUGGUGCUAAGGGAGGUGUAAUCACAAAGCAACACGGCACCAACAAGUGAAUCUGCGGAGCCGAAAAAGGUUCUCAGGUGCAGUUUUGACUUGCGGAGUUCAUAAUUCCUGGAUCAACCUGAAAGAUACGACAUUAUCCCUAGGUUACAGUUGAAAAAUGGAGUCUAUGCUGUUUGAAACGCGGAAUUCAAAUAAAAAACAAAAUAACGCUCA